AGUGCUUCUAAGGGGUUCGCGACAUUGCAAUUUCGUGCUUGCAAUCUUCAUCUUCAGAAUUGACGACGCAAUCCUGAAAGAAUUUUUUGACGUGCUCACGGGUCAAGGGUUUAGGGUGCAAGGCGUCAGUCCAGUAGAAGAAUCAUGGCACGAAAGAAAGUCGAAGAUGAAAGUGUGCACGAGGAGAGUGAUGAACAAGUUUCUAGUGAUAGCGGUGGCAGUGGAAGUGGCAGCGAGGACAAUAGCGAGGACGAUAGCGAGAGCGGCAGUGACGCCGACAGCGCCGAGGAAGAAUUGCAAAGUCAAGUAGCAGAUGUGCCUUUUGAACUGCUGCAACAGGCACGCAGCAAUGGGCAAACAUCUAGUUUUUCUCGGAGCAAGAAAGUGGCUGAUACCAAGAGAGCAAAUAAAAAUAGGCCGAUGGAGAUGACUAGUAAGAAACCGGUGCCGCGUUUUCGAGAGGUUAUUCAGGCACCCAAACGGGAGGUCCGGGACCCUCGGUUCGAGUCAUUGUGUGGAAAUUUUGAUGAAUCUAGAUUCAAGAAGGCGUACAGUUUCCUUUAUGAUGAAGAUCUUCCUGCUGAGCGCCAGAGGAUUUCGAAGGAGUUGGCUAAGGGUGGCGGAGUUGAAGAAGAUCUUGAAGAAAAGAAAAAGCGGCUUGAGUGGAUAGACAAGGAAUUGAAGAAAGAACAACAACGAAGAAAACAUGCUGAAACAGCUGCACAGCAUGGAAGUAAGGAAAAGGAGGCUGUCAAGCAGGGGAAGAAACCUUUUUAUCCAAAGAAAUCCGAGCUAAAGAAAGAAGAGCUUGUUGGGAAGUACCAAGAACUUAAGGCUAGUGGAAAGCUGGAUAAGUUUUUGGAAAAACGAAGGAAGAAGAAUGCCGCGAAGGAUCAUAGAUAUGUACCAUAUAGACGACCACAGGUGUAGCGUUCUUAGCUUAAAGCUCUAGUUACAAGAGUACCAGUUUUGUAAAGUAGAUUAUUUUAUGAAUUAUUUUACAUUUCGAGCUCACGUUGUCUGAUGUAAGCAGCUUGAUUAUUCAUCGACUUUCACAACUUGACCUA